UCGGCGCCCCCUUGCAUGCGGCCCCCGGGCUGCGGGAGCCGCCGGCCAUGGGCACCAAGCAGACCAAGGGCUGCCAGCCGGGCAGCGCCGGGGAGAGCCCCCCGGGGCAGCCCCGCAGGAAGGCGGCCCCCAGGGAAAGGGGCGAUUUCCUGGCUUCCCUCGUGGCUAAGUCCGGCGAGAAGUUCGGCAAGGGCGCCGGCGCCAGCUUGCCCCCGUACCACCGGAGGAUCUGCAUGAUCCAGGACAUGCUGCUGCUGGUCAAGCAGGGCAGGCAGGAGGAGGCCACCGAGCUGCUGAAGAACCUGCGGCAGGAUUUAGGGAUGGAGUCCACCUCUCUGGAUGAUGUCCUCUAUCGUUACGCCAGCUUCCGAAACCUGGUGGAUCCCAUCACCCACGACCUCAUCAUCAGCCUGGCAAGAUACAUCCACUGCCCCAAACCAGAAGGGGACUCCCUGGGAGCCAUGGAGAAGCUCUGCAGGCAGCUCACCUACCACCUGAGCCCCCACUCGCAGUGGAGACGCCAGGGCAUCAUGAAGAGGAAGCCGCAGUCCUGCUUGAAGGCCGUGCUGAUGGGGAAGCCCCAGGACAACACCGUGGACUUGUCGGGGAUCCCGCUGACCCUGAAGGACCUGGAGAGGGUCACGUCGUACCUGGAGCACAGCUCGGAGCACAUCGACACGGUGGAGCUGUGCUUCACCGAGCUGACGGACGAGAUGCUGCUGCAGCUGCUGCCCGCCCUCUGCGGGCUGCCCCGCCUCACCACGCUGGCGCUCAACGGCAACCGCCUGACCAAGGCCAUCCUCAGGGACCUCACCGAGACCCUCAAGGACCCCAAGAAGUUCCCCAGCGUCACCUGGAUCGAUCUGGGCAAUAAUGUGGAUAUCUUCUCGCUGCCCCAACCCUUCCUGGUGAGCCUGAAGAGGCGCUGCCCCAAGCAGGGGAAUUUGCCGACCAUCCUGGAGUUUGGGGAGGGUCAGGUCAGUGAUUUGGAGGGGCAGGAGGGGCUGGGGGACAGCCAGGAGGAGCUGAGGGCUGGGCCAGGCCAGGCUGGCAGCACGGACUGGGUGCAGAUGGACAGAACAGCCCAGGCUGGGGAGCUCCCUGGCCCAGAGCAAGGGGCAGCCACAGCACAGACAUGAUGUCCAGCCCUUGGGUGGGCACCUUGAGCAAGGAUGACUUCAAACCUCAGAGCUGGGGGGGUUCUGUUCCCUCUCCUGGGUGCUCCAGGAGUCCCAGUGCUGCCUUCCCCCUGUGCCACGAACGUCAGUGAUUUCCUUCUGGAAGAACACAUCCAAGUGAUCACGUGGAGUGUUUGUAUUUCCUAACAGCUGGCCAGGUGUUCUGAAGCAUUAGUGGUGUGCUGUGCUUUUGGCUCUCUCACAAAUGCAUCUCCAAGGGGCUGCAGAACCUCAGAAGGGCAAGAGAGGGGAGCAGGGAGGUGCCCAGGCUGUGCAGGGAAAGGCUCCCUUCCCUCAGCGCUGCAUCUCAGCUGCUCCCCACGUGGGAUGGACAGACAGCAGCCACCCCAAAGGCACCUGCCUGGGAGAAAC